AUCUACAGCAAGGGCAAGCUGGAAGAAGACCUCACAAGGAAGUGUAUGUGAAGUAAAUUUUUCCAAGAGAGGGUUGGGUAAAGUUAAACACUGACGGUGUGACUAAAGGUAAUCUUGGAGAUGGUGGUGGAGGAGGGCUUAUAAGAGGGCAUAGAGGUGAAUUAUACUAAGAAUUUGCAUUGAAGCGUGGCAAGUGUUCGUGUACUAAGGUUGAAUUACGUGCUGUUUAGCGUGGCCUUCAAGUAGCAUGGGAGGGAGGUCACAGGAGAGUACAACUCUGUGUUGACUCUAAGGUGGUUGUUAAAAUGUUGGUAGAAGAAAUUCCCGCCAACUCUUCGUAUGUGCAUUUAUCCAACAUUGUAAAGCUCUUAUAACUCAAGGGGAAUGGGAGGUUACAAUUAGUCAUUGCUACGAACAAGCUAACCGCGCGAGCGAUUGAUUAGCCAACUAUGGGGUGUGUUUGGAUCGAGACUUUGAAUUACUAGAGGCGAUCCCGAAAGAUUUUCUUGCUGUUUUAUUGGAGGACCUUAGUGGAUUGACUUGGAGAGUUGUCUCGGCUGCUUUGGUGUUUUUGUUUUUGUUUUUCGUUUCCUGUUUUUGCUUGUUUUCUUUGGGGCUUGCCCCUCACCUUCACCAAAAAAAAAAAAAAAAAAAAAAAAAAAAAAAAAAAAAAUCUAAAGUUGAUACGAAUAGUAGUUUUGCUCGGCUCUAUUUGCCAUCCUUUUACUCCCUUUGGGCGCUCCCACUUCGUCACUUCUCAGUUCUCACUCGAUCUUUUGAGCGGGAAUUCAAAAAUAUAAACCAGGAGUUCGUCUCUUCAUAAUCAACAGUAAAAAAAAUUUCUAGGGCAAACAAAUCCUUCUAUCCUUGAUUCCACAUUCCCCUAAAUUUUACUCAAAUUUUUAGAAACCAAAAAUCCCAAUUUUGGGAAUUUUAUUUUGGGGGAAAUGAGUGGAAAUUGUUUGAAUUUCGAGGAACCCAUUAAAGAUGCAAUCACUCGUGUACGAUUUGCUCCAGAAUCCAACAAUCUUCUCAUUUCUUCUUGGGAUUCUAGUAUUAGGUUGGUGGAUGUGGAAAGCAGUAAGCUUAGAUUAGAAGUUCAAACAGAAGCUGCAGUUCUUGAUUGCUGUUUUCAGAAUGAGUUUGUUGCUUUCUCAGCUGCUUCUGAUGGAUCCAUUUUCAGGUAUGACUUACAACACUCUGGAGUUUAUGACAUCAUUGGAAAACAUGAAGAUUCAGCAACUUGCAUUGAGUAUUCUCCAGAAACAGUUGCUUAUAUCUCUAGGGAAAGUGAUAACAGCUGGUUGGGAUGGAAAUGUUGUAUCAUGGGACUCACGCUUAGCAAAGGCUUCACAUGCUUUGGUUGGCUCCAAUUCACAUGUGGAGUCUAUUUCACUAUGCGGAGUUGAAUUGUUAGCAGCCAUUGGUUCUUCGGUGCGUAAAUAUGACUUGCGGAAACUGAAUGAAGCAAUCCAAGCAGAGGAUUUAUCAAUGAAUAAAAGGAUAAGAUGUCUACGCUCCAUGGCAUUCCAGAAAGGCUUUGCGGUUGGGUCGCUUGAUGGUCAUGUGACACUACAAUCACAUUCAGAAGAGAAGGGGUAUACGUUUCGAUGUAUUCCCAAAUCAACAAAAGGAAAGUAUCAUCUUGUAACAGUGAAUGAUAUUGCCUUCAGUCAAUCUCUUCCAGGUGUUUUUGUCACUGGUGAUAAUGAGGGUCAUGUCAUUGCAUGGGAUGGUUCAAACAGAAAGAGAUUGUUAGAGCUUACAAGAUAUCCAAAUAGUGUGGCUUCGUUAUCAUAUAACCAUACAGGGGAGCUUUUGGCAGUUGCUUCAUGUUAUACAUACCAAGAAGCUAAUGAAAUAGAAAACCAACCUCAAAUAUUCAUUCAAGAAUUGGGUGAAAGUAAUCUGAAAUCUGCAGCAGUUGGGAGCUCUGUUCGGAGAUAGUGGUGGAUUCCAAAUGACAAUGUAGAUUCUUUCUUUAUUUAACUAGGCAUUGUAAUCAAUACUAAUAUUUUGAAUGCGACUCACUCUCUUUUCUGUACUACGAUGUACUCAAAGUUGCUUAUUACCUAGCUAAUUAUAAUUUGUAUGAUUUGCAAUUAGAUUGAAGAAUAACAGCUUUCUGUUUAAGAAACAGCUUUGUUCUUU